AUGUCCAUCGCAAUUGUCAGCUUGAUGACGGCAUAUUCGGGUCUUCGGACUGAAAAGCUGUUCGCCAACUACAUUUCCACUAGCGGUGAACCAUGGUACACACAAUUCGACGAUACGAUGAAUGAGGACAAAUUGAGAGAAAUGGAAACGGAUUUCAUGCAAACCUAUAGUAAAGUGGCUCAAUUUCAUCAUGCGUCAAAAUUCAAUUUCCGAGAAAAUCGUCCGCCACAGAAUACGUUGGACAAUCCGGAUGUCAGGAAAAUUGAACGGACACGAGACGCUCGUAGCCACAGCCCGAUGGUUCAUCCGGCCGAUUCUACAGUAUCCAGUACCAAUGGACGUCCACGUGGAUAUGUGCCAAAGGAUGAGCUCACUGUGGAGAGACUCAAUAAGGAGCGAGUGAUAGAAGAGGAGCGUCGAAAACGGGACCACGAUCGGAUAACAGGAAGAAUGGAUCAUUCGACUGGAAGUGAGAAACGUGCUCGAAUCGAUCCUCUGUCCAACAACUUUGUCACGUCUACAUCGACGUCAAACGGAAAACUCGUUCCGCCGAUUCCAGCGACAAUGAAUUUCCCGCCACCACCUCUGGUGACGUCAUCUGACUACAGUAAUCAUCAAUCAGCGAAAAACGGAAAUCAUCAUUCGAAUGGAAAUCAUCGAAAGGCAUUUGUGGAGACGCCAAGCUCUACGGAAUCACCGAUUUAUGGGAAUUCGAGUGUUAGUGUGCGCGCCUUCGAUGUCGAUCCAAUGAUCACGCCACCAGGCUUCCCGACAGCUACAGUAAUCCAAAAUGGGAAUCAUUCGGAUAUGGAUCUGGACGAAUUGGAGGAUGGCGAAGUCGAGUGA